AUGGUAACAUCUGCCAUGCCCAUGGUGACUCCUAUCUUCUUGCUGGAGAUCUACAGAAUCAUACUUUACCCGUGGUGGUCCUGCCACCCUCACCCCCUCCUGUUCCCCUAUCCUGUGGUUCUGGGCUCUAUUUCCUGCAAGCUGGCUGUCCUCACCCACCUGCUCUUUCUGGCCAACUGCAUCCUGGCAUUUACCAUGUGCCUGCUGAACUUUCUGGGCUUGUGGAACUGGAAAUGCAAAAAAUGUUUUCCUUGCUUCUUGAUGAGACUCACUGCAGUGUACAACAAACAGAUGGCGAGCAAGAAGCGGGAGCUCUUCAACAACCUGCAGGGGUUCGUGGGUCCCUCAGGGAAGCUCUCCCUGCUAGAGGUGGGCUGAGGCACAGGGGCCAACUUCAGGUUCUAGCCGCCUGGAAGCAGGGUGACCUGUAUUGACCCCAACCCCAACUUUGAGGAGUUCUUGAUCAAGAGCAUUGCCAAGAACCAACACUUGCAGUUCGAGCGCUUCGUGGUGGCUGCCGGGGAGAACAUGCACCAGGUGGCAGAUGGCUCCAUGGAUGUGGUGGUUCUCACUCGGGUCCUGUGUUCAGUGGAGAAUCAGGAGCAGAUCCUCCAGGAGGAGUGCAGAGUGCCAAGGGGUGAGUUGGGGGGUGGGGAGGAAGAAAGGUAG